CCUUCUUUCUGUCUCUCGUAUAUAUAGUAAAUCUCUGAGAAAACCCUUUUUUUUUCCCACGACUGCAUCUGCUCCCCCGCCCUCGCGCCUCUCCGAGAUCCACCGCUCCUCGCCCAUAUUCGCCUCUCGGACCCUAGAUACCACCGCCGGAGCUGCGGAAAUUCUCACCCAGAUUUGAGGAAUUUUUGGAAGUAGAGAGAGGAACAAACCAACAGCCGGUUUCUCUCUCGCGUUCUCUCUCAAUCGGACACGAUCCGCGUGCAGGGAUUCGGUAGGUCUCUCAGUUAGAUCGUUGAUAAGUGAUGGCGACGGCGACGGCAGUGGCUGCUGUGGCGGCUCAGCAGCCAGUUUCUGCACAAGUUGUUGGGAAUGCAUUCGCGCAGCAAUACUAUCACAUCCUGCAUCAUUCACCAGGGCUGGUUUAUCGGUUUUAUCAGGAUAUCAGUAAGCUUGGUCGUCCGGAGGAGGAUGGCUCCAUGAGCAUCACCACCUCUAUGCAAGCUAUCAAUGAGAAGAUUGUUUCACUCAACUAUGGGGACUUUAGAGCUGAGAUUAAGUCAGUGGAUGCACAAGAGUCAUUUAAUGGUGGAGUUCAUGUUCUUGUAACUGGCUAUCUGACAGGGAAAGACAACACAGUUCGCAAUUUCACUCAAGCUUUCUUCCUUGCUCCACAAGACAGGGGCUACUUUGUUCUGAAUGACAUGUUUCGUUAUGUGGAUAAUGUCACUCUCAACCCAGCUUUGGUCAGUGAUGCUGUGGUGCCCACUGCUGCAGAGCCAACCCCGGCCCCUGCUCCUGCUCCUGCUCCUGUUCCUGUUCCUGCUCCUGUUUCAGCUCCAGUUCAAGCUCAAUCCCAGGAGAAUCAUGUUUCUGAAGAGAGCACGCCAUCUGCAGAGGAAGCCCUUGCAGGAGAAGUGUACAACCCACCUGAGAAUGGAAAUGUGCCAAUUGCUGAAGAAGAAGUCCCAGUAGCUGAGGUUGUGGAUGAGGUACAGGAUGAUGCACAGCUGGUGGUUGAAUCCAGCGCCAAAAUUGAAGAAGUGCCAAAGAAGUCAUAUGCUUCUAUUGUGAUGCAUCUCAAGGAAACUGCUGCAAGUUUCUCCCCCCCUCCAGCAGCUCCUCGGAAAGCGCCAGUGAAGAGCAUGGAGCAUGUGAACUCUACUUUCGUGCCAGCAGCUGAUGCACCAGUUUCCAGUUCAGAUUCCGUUGAUAAUGAACAUAACCAAGAGGGUGAAGCUGAUGGUUACUCGAUAUAUAUAAAGGGCCUUCCGAUGAAUGCUACUGAAGCCUUACUAGAGGAAGUGUUUAAGAAAUUUGGGACUAUUAAGAAUGACGGAAUUCAAGUUAGAAGCAACAGACAACAAGGAUUUUGUUUUGGAUUUGUGGAAUUUGAGGAGGCAAGUUCAGUGCAAAAAGCCCUUGAGGCUUCUCCAGUGGCAAUUGGUGGGCGCCAAGCCUUUGUUGAAGAAAAGAGGUCUACUAAUUCUCGAGGAAACAAUAGGGGAAGGUUCCAAUCGGGAAGGGGAUCUGGAUUCAGAAAUGAGGGAGUUAGAGGGCGUGGAAACUACGGAGGUGGCAGGGGUUACAACAGGGGUGAUUUUGGUGGCAGGGGUGACUUUGGCAACAGGGGUGGGAACCGGGGAGGUUCAUCAAACCGUGAUGGAUAUCAAAGGUCAGAAAACGUCAAUAGCAAUGGAGGCCGUGUGAAUCGAGCUGGUGGAAUGGCCAAUGGCAGUGCAAAGAAUAUGACACCUCGAGUUUCUGCCACUGCUUGAGGAAAGUUUAGCUUAGAGGUGGUCAGUGAGUUGUCUCGGUAGGCCUUUAUUUUCUAGCUUUUGAAAUCUCUAGUUAUUUUUACCUGCUUGGAAAUCUUUUUCGUUGGCAGUUCCAUUGCAGCUUCGAUGUCUGAAACUUUCAUUGGCUCUUCUAACUAAUUUCUUUCACAUUUUUGCCAUUUGUGGGUAUAGUUUGAUUGGUAGACAAGAAUUGGUAGGUUUUCUUUGGUAGUAUACGGGUGAUGGCCAAGACCCCAGUGAAAGCAAUUCUUGAGACAUUUUUGGGGUUUCCUUUUGUAUUUGACAAAUUAUUUUCUGGCCUGGUCACUCUUGAUGUCUUUGACUGGAAUUUCGUCCUCCUAUUAUUUACUCUCCCACAUAUCGGUUGCUGCUAUAGAAUUUUUCAUUCUGCUCAA